CCGCACCUCCGACUCAUUCUCACCACCCUCCUGCCGGCCACCGUCGCGCUUGUGGUCUUCAGCUACGACCUGCUCGCGCGGAUUCCGUAUCCCAGAGCUGUUCGGCGCGUCGCGCACAUUCUCGCGCGCCCGUUCCGCAACUUUAUCACGUUCGAGGACCUGGACGAGCCCACGCCAUGUCCAAUUGGCCAUGCACCCUGGAAGGCGCGCGCGCUCGCAGCGGGCGCAGUCGCGGAGAGCAUCGGCUGGCUGGCGGUGCUCGCGUACAAGGAGGAGACGGGCGACUGGACGGGCAGCGUGCGCGCUGCGGUCAAUUUCCUGGCUUGGUCGUUUGCGUUCGUGCGAGUGCUUGUGAAGCCGCCGGUAACACCGCCGUAUCUUCUGAUGUGCUUUUACGUGGUGUGUGGGCUUGCGGCGCUCUAUGACCUCUGGACGGACUAUGCUGUAUCGGGCGGCGCGCGCUGGGGCAUGGUCGCGCUCGACGCGGUGCAGCUGUGCACUCUUAGCCUAUUGGUGUGGCUAGCAGGGACGUACCCCUUGCAAGCAAUAUGGCCCGCUAAAAACGUCGGAAGGCCCUCUGAGCCGUCUUCGAGCUCAAAGACCAUGCCAGAAGAUAGCACUGAUUUCUGGGGCUGGUCCACAUUCUCAUUCGUCGAGCCGCUGUUCAAGACCUCCAACGCGCGCACGGUGAACGAUGAGGACGUGUGGGCACUCUCGCCCUUCUUCACGCACAAGAACAUCUUCACAAAAUACCUAAGCUAUAUCUCAAAGCACCCGACACAUUCGCUCCUGCGGUACCUGCUCGUGUCGAGUUCGCUUGAUCUAAUCCUGGAUGUUCUCCUCGAAACCUGGAGUGCGACUGUCGGCUUCAUCCCGCCAUACGCGCUUCAGCGCAUUUUGACAGCGCUCGCCGACCCUGCACCUGGCGCCAAGAACACCGCCUACCUCUUCGCGGUGGUCGCAUUCUUGGCGAACUUAUCCUUCGCCCAAGUUGAUAUCAAUAAGCUGUGGUUCACGCGACGAUGCUACGAACGGACGCGCGGGCAGCUCUUCUGCGCGCUGCAUUACAAAGCGCUGAAGAGGCGCGAUAUUGGCGCGCAGGUGACGAAGAAGGAUGACGAUGACGAGGGCAGCGCGGAUCUAGGGAAGAUCGUGAACCUCAUGCAGGGAGACGCGUACUCUGUUGCCUACCGCUUCUGGCGAUUCUCCGGUUUCUUCCUGGCCCCGGUGCGCUUGACCAUCGCGAUGAUAUUCCUAUACAGGGUUCUGGGCUGGAGCGCGUUCACAGCGGUUGUCAUCGUGCUGAUUGUGUAUAUCCUAAAUUACCCGCUGGCGAAAUACGACGUCUGGUUAAUGCGGCAAAUGUGGAAGGCGAGCGAUCGCCGGAUGAACGUCGUCAACGAGCUCUGGCAGAACAUCCGCUUCCUCAAGUUCUACGGCUGGGAGUACCGCUGGAGCGAGCGAGUGCGCGAAGCGCGCGAGACCGAGCUCGGCUGGCAGGUCAAGGAGAACAUCGUGGACGUGUUCAUCAACUUCAUCUGGAACUGGAUGCCGUCUGCAACUGCGCUCGGGACGUUUGUCUGCUACACCGUCCUCGCGGGUCAGCGCCUUACUGUGGCGAAGGCGUUUACGUCGAUAUCCCUCUUCUCGUACCUACAGGGCCCGAUGACGGAGAUUCCAGACCAGAUCUUCUCGCUUCUGCACGCGUAUAUCAGCAUGCAGCGUAUCGAGAAAUUCUUCGCCGAGCCCGAGGUACCAGACUGGGCGUCGUCUUUGAAGAGGCCCACGGAACCGAGCUCGUCAAACGACACGGAGAUCGGGUUCGAGAACGCAACGUUCGAGUGGGGCACUGCCCCGACGGAAACGCCCUCACGGUUCACACUGGGUCCUCUCGAUGUUCGCUUCCCGCCCGGAAAGCUGACCGUUGUGAGCGGGCCGACUGGUUCUGGAAAGAGCGCGCUGCUUGUUGCGUUACUGGGGGAGAUGCACUGUACGGCCGGUCGGGUCAUCCUCAACAAGGCUGGCCACCAGGUCGCAUACUGCGCGCAAAAUCCUUGGCUCGAGCAUGCUACUAUACGCGACAACAUCAUCUUUGGCGCAGGGUACGGCUACGACGAACAUCGUUACCGCGCGGUGGUAGAUGCUUGCGCACUUGAAAAGGACUUCGAGAUCUUCGCGGCUGGGGAUAUGACGGAGAUCGGAGAGAAGGGCAUUACGCUGUCUGGUGGACAGCGAGCUCGUAUCGCCCUAGCUCGGGCGCUGUAUUCGCCUGCCAAGUGUAUCCUCCUCGACGACCCGCUUGCAGCAGUGGACCUUCACACCGCGCAGCAUAUCGUCAAGAAGGCUUUGAUGGGAGAUCUCGCUCGCAACCGGACGGUCAUCCUCGUAACCCACCACAUUACCCUUUGCUUGCCCAUUGCUGCUUACCUAGUUGAACUAUCAUCCGGCUCUGUCCUGCGUCAGGGCUCGGCCUCCGAGCUCCGUGAGCAUGGCGAGCUAGAGAGGUUGGUCGAAGCGGAAGACACCACAGAGGAGGACCAGACCGAAUCGUCGUCAUCUGACACACACGUCGAGAAUGAAGCGGACCUCAGCGCGACUGUGCCGAAGCCCGACGCGAAACCCCAAGAGAUCAGUGGGAAGCUGGUCGACGAUGAGUUCCGCGCGGAAGGACGGGUGUCCCUUCGCACCUAUUGGACGUACAUCCGGGCAGCGGGCAUCGUCUCCUGGAUCCUCACCUUCGCUCUCAUGGUCCUUAUUCGCUGUAUCAACGUCGCCUUUCAGUUCUUCCUCGCGCGGUGGGGAGAAGCAUACGAAGGACACGAGUCUUUCACACACCCCUUGGCCGUCCAAGCACAGGGUGUCCUGUCCAACCUACCGUCACCCGACGUCAACGUGAAACCCUGGCUAAUGAUCUACCUGUACAUCUCGGUCGCUGGGGCUCUCUCCGUUCUCGCGUACAUCUCGCUCGGAUACUACGCUAGCCUGCAGGCCUCCCGCUCUCUGUUUAUCUUGAUGUUGCAGCGACUGUCUCGCGCUCCGGCGCGCUUCUUCGACGUCACUCCCAUCGGCCGCAUCCUGAAUCGCUUCACAUCGGACAUCAACACCGUGGACCACGCGCUGCAUGCCUCUGGGCGAGCCGCCCUCUCGGGCACGCUAAACUUCAUCAUCUCGUUCUCCGUGAUCAUAUCAGUUGUGCCAUCCUUUGCUCCCUUCGCACUCUUCAUCGCAUGGCUGUACAUCCGCCUCGCGCCGUCCUAUGUUCGGGCAUCCAGAGACCUACGCCGGCUGGAGAGCGUAUCUCUGUCGCCGGCCUUUGCAGGGUUCGAUGAGCUUUUGCGAGGAUUGCCACAUGUUCGUGCAUUUGGCAUGGAGGAACGGUACCAAGAUCGAUUUUACAAGCGUGUCGAUAAAUUCCAGACAUUCGAUCAUGUCUAUUGGCUGAUCGCAGGUUGGCUCAAUUGGCGUUACGAUUGUUUAGGGUCCUUGGUGGUUUUCCUGACGACGCUCUUCGCGCUAUGGACUUCCGUGUCCUCGGGCUACGCCGCCCUAGUUAUUGUCCAGGCAGGCAUAUUCGCAGAGGCGUCUCGGCAGCUGGUGAGGGUCUUAGCGCAAGUCGAGCUCGACUUCAACUCGGUCGAGCGCAUUGUUGAGUAUCUGGAAGUACCUCAAGAGGCUCCCGCGGUCGUACAGGACAAACGUCCGCCAGCCGUAUGGCCAACGAGCGACGGCGAGCUUAUCGUGCAAGAUCUCGUUGUGAAAUACGCGCCCCAUUUGCCUGCAGUCUUGAAGGGUCUGUCGUUCCACGUGAGGCCGACGGAGAAGAUCGCAGUGGUCGGUCGAACUGGAUCGGGGAAGUCAACGCUUGCGAUGUCGUUGCUGCGAAUCGUCGAGCCAGUCGAGGGGUAUAUCAUCAUCGAUGGCAUAGACAUCACGACCAUCGGUCUCGAAGACCUGCGAAGUCGGAUCACCAUCAUAAGCCAAGACGUCUCGCUCUUCUCCGGCACUCUCCGAAGUAAUCUAGACCCGUUCGACGAGCACUCCGACCAGGAGUGCUGGGACGUGCUCGAGCGCUGCCACCUCACGACCAUCCUGCGGGGCUCCAUGCAGCGCUCCCGCGAGGACCCCUCCAGCAUCUCGCUCGACAUGCCCAUCACCCAGACCGGCUCGCUCAGCGCAGGCGAGCGCCAGCUCGUCGCGAUGGCGCGCGCCAUCCUGCGACGCAGUAACGUUGUGAUCUUGGACGAGGCCACCUCGCAGAUCGACACGGACCUCGACGACCAGAUACAACGCACGAUCCGGGAAGAGUUCGCCGGGGCGAUCGUUAUCACGAUCGCGCACCGGCUCAGGACUGUCCUGGACUACGACCGCAUCAUGGUGCUCGGCGCCGGGGAGGUGCUGGAGUUCGACACGCCCGGCGUGCUCGUCAAAAGGCCGGGCAGUGUGUUCAGGGAAAUGUGUCGGGCGAGCACGGAUAAGAGGGUUUAUCAGGCUGCAUCGGAGAGUUGAUUGAUCAGCUUAGCUUCUCGCGGACGGUUCUUACUCUAUUCACCUCGAUAAUGCUUUUGGGAUUUCUAGUGGGG